ACGGAAAUGUAGGAGGUGUGUGUUUAUAUUUCAUUUCACGGAAGAGAGCAGCACGAGCCGCUCCGACCGACACGAAGGACACACCGGGAGCUGGCGGGAACGAGCGCACCGGGAGCGUCACGGGGACACGUCUGCAGCAGGACGGCAGAAAUGGGACGCUGGUCCCCCUGAACGCCGCAGACAUCAGCCUCGGAUCCCGGAGGAGCCGGAGACAUGGCCCACGUCAGCAACGGAGCGGCGGCCGAUGAGGAGGAAUGCUUCGAGGAUGCUUUUGAUCGGAUACCAUCGACAUGCCGCAUGGACCUGCAGACUGCCAUCCAGGAGACCCAGUGUGCCCUCAACCUGGUCCUCAACAACAAGUUCUCUCAGGCCCUCGACCUUCUCAAACCCUGGUGGAAGGACAGCAUGUACCACGCGUUGGGUUACAGCAGCAUCCUGGUGAUGCAGGCCACCAUGACGUUUGAGCACAAAGACAUCCAGACUGCCAUGGCAACCAUCAAAGAGGCACUGCAGACCUGCCAGAGGUUCAGAAAGAGAAACUCAGUGGUUGGGUCUCUGUCCAGUCUGAUCAGCAAACAGUCCAACCUGCAGGAAGAGGAGAUGCAUGCUGAGCUCUGCUACGCCGAGUGUCUCCUGCAGAAAGCUACGCUGACGUUCGUGCAGGAUGAGAACAUGAUCAGUUUCAUUAAAGGAGGCAUCAAGAUUCGAACAAGCUACCAGAUCUACAAGGAUUGCCAGAAUGUCCUGAGCGUGGCUCAGGACACAGCGGGCUCGUCUAGUCCAUUCCAACAGUUUGAGGGUGGAGUCAAGCUGGGCAUCGGCUCCUUCAACCUGAUGCUGUCUCUUCUUCCUCAGAGGAUUCUCAGGUUGUUGGAGUUCAUUGGGUUCUCAGGAAACCGGAGUUUUGGUUUAUCCCAGCUGAGAGAGGGAGCGGCCAACCAGAGUCUACGCUCCAUCCUGUGUGUGCUGACUUUGCUCUUCUACCACACGUUUGUCUCUUUGAUCCUGGGAACGGGGGAGGGGAACCUGGUGGAGGCCGAAGCCUUGCUGGAGCCGUACCAAGAGAAAUACCCUAAAGGCUCUAUAAUCCUCUUCUACUCUGCCCGUAUCGCCACCCUACGAGGAAACUUUGAGAAGGCCCGGGCCAGGUACGAGGAGUGCAUCAGCAGCCAGCAGGAGUGGAAGCAGAUCCACCACCUGUGUUACUGGGAGCUGAUGUGGACCCACACCUUCCAGCAGGAGUGGCCGCAGGCGUACCAGUACGCUGACCUGCUGUGCAAAGAGAGCCGCUGGUCCAAGGCCAUCUAUGUGUACCAGAAGGCAGCCAUCCUGAGCAUGAUGCCAGAGGAGGAGGUGAAGAAGACGGGCGAGGACAUCAUGGAGCUCUUCAGGCAGGUGGAGGGACUCAAACAGCGACUGGCGGGAAAGUCCAUCCCGAUGGAGAAGUUUGCCGUAAGGAAGUCCAGACGCUACAAAGCUGCCAACCCGGUCCCUCUGGUCAUCCCUGCUCUGGAGAUGAUGUACGUCUGGAACGGUUUCAAUAUCGUUGGGAAACGAGCGGAUUUCACCGAGUCUCUCCUGGUUUCUGUGGAGCGAGCUGAGCAGCAGCUUCGUGAUGACCCCAACCCAUCCGAGUUUCACCCAGAUGACAGCAGCCUGGUCCAGAUGCUGAAGGGCCUCUGCCUGAAGCACCUGGGCAGGUUACUGCAGGCUGAGCUCUGCUUCACACAGGUGUUGUCCAGUGAGAGCCGGAUCAGAUACGAUCACUACUUGAUCCCCUUCACGCUCUAUGAACUGGGUCUGCUGUACAAACAACAGGGAGACUUCACCAAGGCCGCCUCUUACAUCGAAAACGCCAAGAUGAACUACAAGGACUACUCCAUGGAGUCCAGAUUGCACUUCCGGAUCCAUGCUGCUCUCAAGAGCCUGAAAGGAUCACCUGUCAGCACCCCAUAAUACUCAAGAGACGGCUCAGACUGCUGCUGUCUGCCGGGCCGGUGCUAGCGGACCAACGAAGGUGUGUCGGGAUGCUAAGGACUCGAGGAUUUUCCUCCUUUGUGUUUUUUAUGUUGAUUAAUCUUCUUUAACGGGUUAUAACGGCGUCUGGGAAGGAUCCCGAUAGGAUGCUCGUGCUAGAGCAUUAACGGCACAAGCAGAAGAAACAAGUCCGACUAAAAACCAACACAUGGCGGGUCACAAGAGUUCUGGGUGCUUUAUUUCAGCUUUAACGCGUUUUUCUUUGUGUGAAAAAGAAACUUUUUAGUUGAAGAACAAUCUUUGUGAAGGGCUCUUGGCCUUUUCUCUAGCGGGUUAUUAUAGGAAUAUGUGUAUUUAUAGGACACAAUCAUAAAGACUGACAUAGUUUAUGAUAAAAGCUUUCGUUUACAUAAAAGCAGGAACAAUUUGUAUUUAAAUGCUUUGUAUUUCAUUUGCCUUUUUCUUUUCUUCUAAAUGCAUUAAUGCCACCCCUGCACAAAUAUCCUUCGCCUUCUCACCGACCGUGGCUUAAACGGUUAGAUGCUCAUUCCAGGCUUACGCGUACGAGCGGCUAUGCACAUUUAAGAGAGAUUACACAUGAACGGCUAGAAUUGCACACGUUAACAGCAAUAUACAAAAAUGCUGUGCUGUUAAUAUUCUUGUCUUGUUUUGGAUCGUUCGCGUUGAAAAGCCAGGAGGGAUUCAGUUUUCCUCGUUUUCAAACACAGAGCGGCUUUUGAAGUUCUGAAAAGCUUCUUCUUCGCAGUUCUGGGCCUUCUGAGCAUGCUCAGUGGGGUCCUUCUUGAGUCAAGAUGGCUUCCUUCCUCUUGACUUCUCUUACAGAUAAAUGGGAGCAAGUAAAAUCAUAGUACAGAAAUAAAAAAGCUGCAAUGACUACAACAGAGCACCUCAGCAUUAGCACUAACUCAGUGUAAUAAUGGUUCUGUCAUUGGGAGUUCCACAUGGAUGUGUACUCAGCCCACUGUAGUUUAUAUUUACCCUGUUGCCUAUUGUCCAGGUGGACAUUUACAUUCUGGAGAGAACUAAGUUGUCUGCAGAAAUCAGUACUCUUCCACAAAAAAGCAUAAAUAUUAUAAUUUGACCUGUCAAGUUUUAGAGAAUUGUCUAUAUUAUUAGUCCUCAUGCUAGCUGACUUCCUUUUGGCUUUUCCUAUUAAAAUGGGAGAAAAUAAAAUCAAGCUGAAGACCAUAAAAGUUAAAGAAAGCACAACUUAAAGCCUCAAUAUUGACACCGACUCAUGCUGGUAGAUCGAUUCAAAUGUAAAUCUGGAGCUCCACAGGUUUGUGUACUCGGCCCCCUAUUUUAAAUAUAUCUUUCAUAAACAUUUCCAGGGAUUGUAGCCCUUGUAUUCUUGAUAUUUAUUCACCAGACAGAAUCAAGUGAUCGUCAGCUACUAAAAUACAUUUACAUUUGAACUCCUUAAUGGUUCAAUGGAAAAAAAAAUACAAUCAUAAAAUAUUCUCAUGGGUUGUCCACAUGAUGAUGAUGCUGCCUUUCUAGUGGCUGGAUUAGAUCAGAAAACACUAACCUAAUGAAAACAUUUAUAUUCUCUAUUAUUCUGUUUGAUGAAUUCAGUUUUCUGUGUGUUUUGCAAGAAGAAGCCAGAAAUAGAUUAUUGGAGCUUAAAUGAGGAAAAAGGAAAAACUGGUUUAUCCACAACAGCUUGUUCCUGAACAAAAGUGUGAGUUUAGAAGACUUAGCUGAAGAAGUCCGUGCUGCCUCUGAGAAAUAUUUGCACAACGUAAAUGAACCUCACCCUCACGGCUGCUCACCGUGCUGCUUCAUCCCAGCAGAUCUUCUUGUUUUUGUCCUGCUUUGGUAGCAAAGGAACCUAGAAAAGUGGCCUUUUCUGUUACUUUGGUGAAAAUGUGGUGGAGGAUGUACGUUAUUUAGAUCAAAGGCUUACAUGGAGAGCAAAUGUAGUUAGAAGAGAAGCACAACCUAAAACGGCUGCGUGUGAACGUGUGAGCUAAUGGUAAUGAAACGGGUAAUAGAAGGUCUGAAACUUGAGCUGAUUAAACUCUGAAGGAUGUGUUAAAACCAUCUUAGCCUCCAUGUUUUAUCCCUGCUGACGUCGUAGUGUUAUGAACCUAAAGACCAAACCAUGCGUGUUUGUCUGGCGCCAUUUCUGUGCCUGUGAUGUAAAUGUUAAGGUGUGUGUGUGUGUGUGUGUGUGUGUGUGUGUGUGUGUGUGUGUGUGUGUGUGUGUGUGUGUGUGUGUGUGUGUGCGUGUGACCUGAAGCUUCACGUCUGAACAGCAGAAUCCAGAUGAGUCAGGAGGAGUUGUGGCAAUAAAAACGGUGUGUUGGCUCUGCGUUAGUGGUUUUAGUCCUAAAGCUUCAGGAAUUAGUCAGUGACCCGAGCUGUUAGACCCUGGUUUACAACAGAAAGACGACAAUUUACGUUUAAAACAUUCAGUUUGCCUGUGUCCAAGUUCAGAAGACAAACUGGUGAAUAAAAUGACUCAUCCAGUUGCAUUCACCCUCGAAGGAGUCCUGUAGAAAUGCAAAAACCAAACAUUUACUCCUUAUCUCAUUUGUACAUUCUGAUGGAACUGAAACAAGUGAAAUGUUAACGUCUGAAGCAGUAGGGUGUUUGAACAGCGUUAGACGCCACCUCUCAUUGCCACAGCUGCUGCUGACGGAGCUUCCAAGGGUCCUCGUCUGUCUGCUUUUCUGUCCAGCUGCAUGUUGUUGAGUAUCUACUUGGUUAUUUUCUGUGUGCUUUAAACAGGAGCAGGUCUGAAACACAGGCUUCUCAUUAGGUGGUGCAAUAAAACAAAAACAGGAUUAUUCUUCA